GAAGAGCAGCAGGCCCACUUCGAUCCAGCUGUGGAGAUUUAGCGAGUACUUCUCGAUCGCAGUGGGAUUGCUCGGGUCGUGUAAGCGCGCAGAGCGUCAUGGUAAUGCUAUGCACAUCCGGGCCACAGCGCGCUGACUCCAUUAUUGUUCAGCGACAGUGAAACUGGAGAGAGAGAGCUCGAGUGCGGGGGGCGGGGAGCGUCGCGCAGCCAAACAGGAGGACACUUUCGGAGGGCCGCCGCGAGCUGGACAGCCUCAAGGACAUGUCUAACCCUGGUGUACGGAGAAAUGGACCCGUGAAGCUGCGCUUGACAGUUCUCUGUGCAAAAAACCUUGUGAAGAAAGACUUUUUUCGCCUCCCUGACCCCUUUGCUAAAGUGGUAGUUGACGGCUCAGGACAAUGCCAUUCGACGGACACUGUCAGGAAUACGCUUGAUCCCAAGUGGAACCAGCAUUACGACUUGUACAUAGGAAAGUCUGAUUCAAUAACAAUAAGUGUCUGGAAUCACAAAAAGAUCCACAAGAAGCAAGGGGCUGGCUUCCUAGGCUGUGUGCGGCUACUGUCUAAUGCCAUUAACCGCCUAAAGGACACUGGCUACCAAAGGCUUGACCUAAACAAACUAGGUCCAAAUGACAAUGACACAGUUAGGGGACAGAUUGUAGUGAGUCUUCAGUCACGGGACAGGAUUGGUACUGGUGGUCCUGUAGUUGAUUGCAGUCGUCUCUUUGACAACGAUCUUCCUGAUGGUUGGGAGGAGCGCAGAACAGCUUCGGGACGAAUCCAAUACCUGAACCACAUUACCAGGACAACUCAGUGGGAGAGACCAACGCGACCAGCAUCUGAAUAUUCCAGUCCCGUGCGACCACUGAGCUGCAUAGUGGAUGAGAACACACCAAUAAUGGGGACAAAUGGUGCUACAAGUGGACAGAGCAGUGACCCCCGUAUCCAGGAAAGAAGAGUCCGCUCUCAGAGGCACAGGAACUACAUGAGCAGAACACACCUGCACACGCCACCAGAUCUUCCUGAAGGCUAUGAGCAAAGAACGACACAGCAAGGACAAGUCUACUUCCUUCACACGCAGACCGGUGUGAGCACAUGGCACGAUCCCCGUGUUCCAAGGGAUCUUAGCAACGUAAACUGUGAGGAGCUUGGUCCUCUUCCUCCAGGGUGGGAGAUCCGUAACACAGCCACUGGACGAGUCUACUUUGUGGAUCACAACAACCGGACCACACAGUUCACAGACCCCCGACUCUCUGCAAAUUUGCAUUUGGUUCUGAAUCGGCAGAACCAGUUAAAGGACCAGCAGCACCCUCACCAGCUUGUAGUAUCUCCUAGUGAGUUGCCUGAGGAGGCCGAGUGCUUAACUGUGCCCAAAUACAAGAGAGAUCUUGUACAGAAGCUCAAGAUCCUUCGUCAGGAGCUUUCCCAGCAACAGCCGCAAGCAGGGCAUUGUCGUAUCGAGGUGUCACGAGAAGAGAUCUUUGAGGAGUCGUACAGGCAGGUAAUGAAAAUGAGGCCCAAGGACUUGUGGAAGCGGUUAAUGGUCAAGUUCCGUGGAGAGGAAGGCCUUGAUUAUGGAGGGGUAGCCAGAGAGUGGCUCUAUCUGCUGUCCCAUGAGAUGCUCAACCCCUAUUACGGACUGUUCCAGUAUUCCCGGGAUGACAUCUACACCCUGCAGAUCAAUCCCGACUCGGCUGUUAACCCAGAACAUCUGUCCUACUUCCAUUUUGUGGGUCGGAUUAUGGGCAUGGCAGUGUUUCAUGGACACUACAUUGAUGGCGGUUUUACGCUUCCUUUCUAUAAGCAGUUACUGGGGAAACCAAUCACACUGGACGACAUGGAGUCUGUUGAUCCUGACCUGCAUAACAGCCUUGUCUGGAUCUUAGACAAUGACAUCACAGGCGUCCUGGAUCACACCUUCUGUGUGGAACACAAUGCUUACGGGGAAAUUGUCCAGCACGAGCUUAAACCAAGUGGCAAGAGCAUCCCAGUCAGCGAGGACAAUAAGAAGGAAUAUGUCCGGUUAUAUGUGAACUGGAGGUUCCUGCGGGGGAUUGAGGCCCAAUUCUUAGCGCUGCAGAAGGGCUUCAAUGAAGUCAUUCCUCAGCACCUUUUGAAGUCCUUUGACGAGAAGGAGUUAGAGCUCAUCAUCUGUGGUCUUGGGAAGAUUGACAUCAAUGACUGGAAGUCAAACACACGCUUGAAGCACUGCACCCCAGACAGCAAUAUCGUCAAGUGGUUCUGGAAGGCGGUGGAGACCUAUGAUGAGGAGAGGAGGGCACGUCUGCUGCAGUUUGUGACCGGGUCAUCCAGGGUGCCUCUGCAGGGUUUCAAGGCACUACAGGGUGCUGCAGGCCCAAGACUGUUUACAAUUCAUCAAAUUGAUGCCAGCAGCAAUAAUCUGCCCAAGGCCCAUACCUGCUUUAAUCGUAUCGACAUUCCUCCCUAUGAGAGUUAUGAGAAGUUAUAUGAGAAGCUCCUCACGGCCAUUGAAGAGACGUGUGGGUUUGCAGUUGAGUGAGCAGCUCUCACUUCUCACCUAGGACUUCCUGCUGUCUGCCUUUGGGCUGAGAAAUUGCCCACAGCUGUUACCUGAACCCUCCGUGCUGACAGAAGCUCCACCCAGACCACUGCUGUCGAUGUAGUCCGAGUUCUGGUGUGAUGGCCUAUACAAGGCCAGGACACUUCAGGGAAAUAAAGCUGCUGUCAUUGCUACCUGUAGACACUCCAGUAACUUGCCAGAUGGACACACAGUAGAUGGGGGUGCCUUCAAGUUCUUCUCCAACCAUUCCUUUGCAGGCACAAAACAAAGGUGGUGCUGGAAGUCUGCUGGGCUUUUUUUUUUUUUUCCCUUUUCCCCAACCCCCAAACCUCCCCCCAAAGCCAUCAUCCUCUUCCUCGCCUUACAGGAGCAACAGGCACAUCUUUCCAAGCUUGUCGGCAGCUUGGCGUUUUCAUUUUAUUUGAAAAGUGUACAUUUGCAGAAGUCCUGUUAAUGGUGCUUUGUACAGAAGUGGCCUGAGUGGACGUGGUCAUCACUGGUUGGGUGGGCAAGCGAUUAAUCUUCCUAACAUUUUUUGCACAUCUACGGACUGGAGUUACUUAGAGGGCAACUCUCAUCCAGUUACCAAAUAGUUUUACAGACUGACUUUCCCCUUUGUACACAUCCAGCCAGCUGUAACACUAACGGCAGCGCACUGGCACGGGGGCCAUUUCACACGACAACUUCUGGCUCUUCCUUUUGUUUAUUUUUAUUUUAUUUUAUUUUUUUUUCCUUCUCUCUGUAUUUAUUUGUGUGUUUCGCUGUCCACAUUCCCACUCUUGUUUACUCUUAUGUACCAGAUGCAUCAGAUGAGCAAUAAACUGUUUGCACCUUCA